GAUUUCGAAAAGCCAUGGACCACCAUUUCUGGUUUCCAAGCUGAAGAUCCAAAUGUCGGAGCAGAGCAAUAAGCAGUUUGGAGAGCCAAAUCUUCCACUUGUUUAUGUUUUCUCCGUUCAAAUGCUUCCCGGUAUCGUCGACGAUUUCUGAAUUCGGUGUUGCUGGAAUCGGGAUUUUCCCGUUCUCUGUCGCGAAAAGACAGGCCCUGAAGCAUGCAACUCUGAUGAUAUGAAGGAAUGCAAAUUACUGGUUUUCAUCCUAUAGCUUUACGUUUGCAUUGAUACAAGAUAUCAGACAGCACUCUGUACUCAUAUUACACGAGUGGAAAAAUGAGAAGAACCAAUCAAAUGAUGAGGCUUCUUAUAACAGCCUUUGUCGGGGUUAUAGUUGGCUUCCUUAUGGGCAUAUCAUUUCCAACUCUUUCCUUAACUAAGAUGAAUCUUCCAUCUACGCUAUUCCCUGCAAUUGAUCUUUCAUAUAUCGAGGACAAGUACUCUGGCUUCUCCAAACAAGGACUAUUUGGUGCUUGGUCUUCUAUCAAGGAUAGUACAAGUAUGAGAGAGAUCCCCGAUCCUUCCUAUGACUUGAAUGACGAAAAGAUAUGGGAUCCGACAAAUCCUCGUGGUGCUGAAAGACUUCCCCCUGCUAUAGUUACACCUGAAUCAGAUCUCUACCUCCGUCGGUUGUGGGGCGAUCCUCGAGAGGACUUGACCAUAAAGCAGAAGUAUUUAGUAACUUUUACAGUUGGUUAUGAUCAGAGAAAAAAUAUAGAUGCAGCAGUGAAAAAGUUCUCAGAAAACUUCACCAUAAUGUUGUUUCACUACGACGGUCGGGUGAGUGAAUGGGAAGAGUUUGAAUGGUCGAAGCGGGCCAUUCAUGUGAGCGUGCGAAAGCAAACUAAAUGGUGGUAUGCUAAGCGUUUUCUACAUCCAGAUAUUGUUGCCCCCUAUGAAUAUAUAUUCAUAUGGGAUGAAGAUCUUGGUGUGGAGCACUUUGAUUCAGAAGAAUAUCUGGCUGUGGUAAAGAAACAUGGACUGGAAAUCUCACAGCCUGGGUUACAGCCGUAUGAAGGGCUGACAUGGGAGAUGACAAAGAAAAGAGACGACACUGAAGUUCACAAGCACGCUGAUGAGAAAAAUGGCUGGUGUACUGAUCCGAAUCUGCCCCCUUGUGCUGCAUUCGUUGAGAUUAUGGCUCCUGUUUUUUCUCGUAAGGCAUGGCGCUGUGUGUGGCAUAUGAUUCAGAACGAUUUAGUUCAUGGAUGGGGCUUGGACUUUGCUCUUCGGAAGUGUGUUCAGAAUGCGCAUGAGAAAAUUGGAGUCGUAGAUGCUCAGUGGAUUAUUCACCAAGGCGUUCCUUCGCUGGGAAAUCAAGGCCAACCGGAGCAAGGGAAGCAGCCAUGGGAAGGGGUGAGGGAGAGGUGCAGGAGAGAGUGGACGAUGUUCCAAGACAGGAUGUCUGAUGCCGAGAAAGCCUAUUUCAAAUCUACUUCCCACCUCCACUAACUUCUUCACUGUCCCCUUCCGGAGUUUAAGAGGGGACCUCGGUCGCUUACUGUGCACUAGCCCGUACUGAAUCUUAGCUCCUUCUGUGUUCGCCAAAGGGGACGUUGGGCCUACAUAACUUUAAUGGGCUUUAUGCAUGAAGUGUAACAGUCCUACUAUGAUGGGCCACAAGUUAUUGCCGAAUGCCGAAUGCCGUUUUGUUUUGGUCCACAUAUGUGGUACAACAAUAGUCAUAAGUUAUAUUUCCAUAACUACGCACUUCAAAUUAAUUCAAUACUCUUAGAAUGGAUGCAAAAAUUUAGUGA